AUGUCUACGCCAUUAGGGCAGCAGCCACCAUCCGUAGGAGUGAGCCAGCAAGCCUACAAGGCCCAUACGGGACACGGGUCGGUUGGACCAGUCAUAGCCGUUCUAGUACUGAUCACAAUCCUCGGAGUCAUAGCUGGCAUGAUCGGGCGGCUAUGUUCAGGGCGUCCUAUCAUGGGCCAUGGUCAGUACGAUUUUGAAGGUUGGUUUGAGAGGAAAUGCUCUUCUUGCCUUGACGGUCGGGUGGACCCGCCUCCGCCGCGGCCCACGGAGGAGGUGGUAGUGGUGGUGCCUGCAGAGGAGACCCAACAAGAAAUCAAAGAAGAAGCAGCUCAAGUUCAAGGACAAAAGCAUCAUGGAAUUUGUUGGGUCUUUCAGCUUUUGGUUGCUGCAGUUGCAUGA